AUGGCAGCGAAGUCGUCGAAAAACGAUGAGUGUGUUCGUGUGAUGGUCCGCAUCCGGCCCAUGAGCGGCAAGGAGGUGCAAGACGGACGACUAGAAGCCACCACGGCCAACUUCGAUCGUGCCGAGGUGUCUAUUCUCAACCCGGUGGCAGCGUCUUCCGAGCCCCCAAAGUCGUUCACGUUCGACGCUGCAUUCGGCGCGAAGUCCACGCAACAGCAAGUGUACGACACGGCCGCAACGGAGAUCGUGGAAGCUGUCAUGGAAGGAUACAACGGCACCAUCUUCGCAUACGGCCAGACCGGCGCCGGCAAGUCUCAUACCAUGGAGGGCUACGGAGACCAACCCGGUAUCAUUCCCAACUCGUUUAAACACGUGUUCGACAAGGUAGCCAUCUCCAAGAACAAGCGCAUUCUAGUGCGUGCAUCGUAUCUAGAAAUCUACAACGAAGAGAUCCGCGACUUGCUGUCAAAAGAUCCUAAAAACGCUCUAGAUCUCAAGGAAAACGCCGAUUCGGGCGUGUAUGUGAAAGGUUUAACCGCUCAUGUCGUCAAAGACGCAGCAGAGAUCGACCAUGUUAUGCAGACCGGUAAAAAGAACCGCAGUGUCGGUGCUACUCUCAUGAAUCAGACGUCGUCUCGGUCCCACUCGAUCUUCACGAUCGUUGUCGAAUGUUUAAGUGAAGGUUCAGCCGACGGCAAGGACCACGUGUGUGUCGGCAAGCUCAACUUGGUCGAUUUAGCGGGUAGUGAACGUCAGUCCAAGACGGGAGCGACAGGAGAUCGUCUCCAAGAAGCCAACAAGAUUAACUUGUCUCUCUCUGCAUUGGGUAAUGUCAUCUCGGCUCUAGUAGAUGGCAAGUCCAAGCACAUUCCGUACCGUGACUCUAAACUAACACGACUGCUUCAAGACUCUUUGGGUGGCAAUACAAAGACUGUCAUGAUUGCCAACUGUGGCCCCGCCGACUACAACUAUGAGGAGACUUUGACAACGCUACGUUAUGCAAGUCGAGCAAAGAACAUUAAGAACAAACCAAAGAUCAACGAAGAUCCGAAAGAUGCGAUGAUCCGAGAAUUUCAGGAAGAAAUCGAAGCUCUGAAAGCCAAAUUAUUGGCCAUUGAAAAGCAAGCGAGUGAAGGUGUCAGCUUGGACGGCACUGUCAGUUUAGGUGGCUUUGCUAACGCUUCAAUGGAGAUAGUGGAAGUAGAGAAGAUCGUCGAAAAGAUCGUUAUUGAAAAGGGAAUUAGUAUCGAGGAAGCGCAAGCCAUCGCUGCAAAAGCUCAACGGGAAAAGGAAGAAAUGUUGCAGAAAACACGUGACGACUUGGCGUUAGCAGCCAAAGACAAGGCGCAAGCCGAGUUGAAUAAACGCGAACUGGAACUGAAAUUGGAACGUGAACGGCAACAAGCUGAAGAACUGGCAGCGCAACAAAAAGUGUUGCUCGAUCGACUAGCAGCAACUCAAGCUAAGGUGCUUGUAGGUGGUGAAAUGAUGACGAAAGCAGCGCAACAAGAAAACGAGCUUCGACGUACGAAACUCGAGCUGGAAGAGCGUAAACGUCAAGAACUUCAACUUGCACGGGAGUUAGCAGAGCGAGAAGAGAGUAACCUCAUGCGGGAAGAAAAGUACCAGUCCUUACAAGAAGAAGCUGAAGCGAAAGCUCGGAAACUGAAGAAAGUGUACACCAAAGUGAAAGACGUCUUAGGAGAAAUCAAGGCCAUGGAGAAAGCUCAUACUCGUGAGCGUGAGGAUCUCCUGGACACGAUUCGACAGCUUACGGCGCAGUUAAAGCUAAAGUCUCUGGUACUCGACUACUUUAUGCCACCGCAGGCUGUUGCCAUGCUUGAGGCACGCGCACGCUGGGACGACGAAGAGGACGAUUUCACUCUCGAUAGACUCGAGCUGGCUGGUAAUACUCUGCGUCCUCGACAACGUCCCCCCUCUGCAAGUAGUGUGCGUCGACCCGAGACGUCGUCUGAUAAAAGUCGAACCGGAAAAAAGUUUGUCAUGUCACACAAUGACGACGAAGUCGACGAAAUUGCUCGUGCGGAAGAACUGGAACUUGCUCGCAAUCCGUUUUUCAUGUACGUGUCUGACAACGAAGGAGAUGGCUACGCUCCUGCUGCGUCUCGUAAGAAACAAAGCUCGUCUAGUGGCAGACCGAAGACGGCCCAGAAAUCGUCGAGAAGUUCAUCGAAACGACCUGAAACGGCGUCAAGAAGAAGAAGCGAGAAAAAGUAG